AUGACUCUUGUUCGUCAGAUUGCUCUGAUUCCGGCCGGAUGCCAGCCAUGGAAUUUGAACAUAGUAGAUUCUUCUGGAGAAAGAUUUGCUUAUGCAGCAACUUUGGCAAUCUAUAUUUACGAAUUAAAUCGGGAGAGUAAGCAAUUCUACCUUCACUCUAUCAUGUCAGAGCAUAAAAAAACCAUUUGCGCCAUUGCAUGGCAUCCUAAGGACAAAGACGUACUUGCGAGCAGCAGCACUGACUACAAAAUAUGCAUCUGGCACGUCAGCAAGCACAAGUUACUUGCCUCUCUCAACACUACUCAUUCUGUGCCAUCGUUGAUGGCCUGGUUUCUGGCAGACGAUGAGUGCAUCGCCUAUUGUGACGGCAAAGGACCUCUUUAUCUGUGGAAGUACACUUUGAAAAAUGGAAAGGAUGGCCCUCUUUCACAUCCCUUGAAGGAAAUAUCAUCAGUCUUUUCAAACAUCACUCAGAUUAGUUGGCAUCCAUCUGACGCUGGAAGAUUUGCUAUGGGCCAUGCAGACGGAACUAUAUCCUUAUAUUUUCAAGGAAAGAAACCGCAAAAACACGUGAAAUUUCCAAGUACCAAUCCAGAUCAAGCACUUGGAGCUGUUUCAUCACUCCAAUGGGAUCCGUUCUCAACAAAUUACUUGCUAGUCUGCACUGCACCUGGUCGAUUACAGCUUGUGGAUUCCUCAACGGAAGUCGCGUCUGUUAUUACUACAUACAGUCUUCCAAGUAAAGCAGUUUCAAUCAAGUGCGUAGCUUGGUUGACUGAAGCACCAGGAGCCUUUGUCACUGGAGAUGCAGAAACGGGGAUUUUACGAAUCUGGAUCGUCUCUAAAGAAAAGCCGGAAGAAAAUUUCAGAUUAAAGCAAGUGGGAUUCAAAGCCCUAUGUGUAUUACCUUCUGAAAAUAAACCAGCAACAACUACAAAUGGAAAAGUGAAGUUUUCCGCUCGUAUAGUUUGCUUAUUUUUUGAUGGAGGAGUCGGUGUGUAUAAUCUUAGAAAUUCGUCGUGGGAUUUCCUUAGGAACAUGGGGCAUCUUGAAACAAUAUUUGACUGUCAGUUUAAGCCAAACAAUUGUGAUCUUCUAGCAACAGCGAGUUUUGAUGGUACUGUAAAAGUAUGGAAUGUAAAUACUAUGGAAGCAGUAAAUUCAUCACACGGUGAUGCAAGUAUAAUAUAUUCUUUGUCGUGGGGCCCGGGUGAUAUGGACUGCCUUGCUGCUGCAACUUCGAAAAGUGGAAUAUUUGUUUGGAAUUUGAAAAAAGGAAGCAUUAAAAAAAUUGAAAAUCAUGAAAAAGGUGCUUAUGUUUACUGUGUUGCUUGGAACCAAACAGAUGCUCGGAAAAUUGCCUCUGCUGGUGGAGAUGGAUUUUGCAUGGUACAUCAAGUGGAUGGAAAGCUGGUUCAAUCCUUUAAACAUCCCUCAGCUGUUUAUGGAUGUGAUUGGAAUCCAAACAAUGAAAAUAUUGUUGCAACUGCUUGUGAAGAUAGCUUUGUUAGAGUGUACUAUGUCGGCAGUGGUACAGACCAGCCAUUAAAAGUUUUAUCAGGUCAUUGUGGAAAAGUAUUUCGUGUAAAAUGGUCUCCUUUGAAAGAUGGAAUUUUAUGUAGCACAUCUGAUGAUUGCUCUGUUCGGGUGUGGCAUUAUGCCCAGGGCAUUGCAGUAAGAAUCCUUGAAGGACAUACAAGUUAUACUAGAGGAAUCCUUUGGUGCCCUGAGCUUCCAAAUAUCAUUAUAUCAGGGAGCUGGGAUUCAUCCAUUAGAGUAUGGGAUCUAAGUGACGGAGCAUGCCUUGAUGUUAUUGAAGAUCAUGGAGCUGAUGUGUAUGGUCUUGCAUGCCAUCCAAAACGACCUUUUGUACUUGCCAGUACAUCAAGGGAUUCAACUGUUCGUUUAUGGUCUGUUUUACCUUUAGUUUCUUCAAUAUAUCUGAAAAUAUUAGCAUCAAAACCUUCAUCAGAAAUAUUUUGUCCUUCAGCUAUUCAGUCAGAAGAUUUUGAUGAAACUCCUGGUCUUUAUGGGUCUCAAUCAAAGUAUAUAAAGGCAAUUUUCUCAAUUGAUACUGUUGAUAAUUUGAAAAAAUGGCGAGAAAUAUCAGCAUUAUUUUGUGUGAGUCCUCCAUCCGAUACCGCAAAUUUGUGGGAUUUGAUUCAUGUUUUAAAUGAAAGAGAAGUAGAUUAUUCAAGUUACAAACUCAACAUUGUUCAUAAUAAACACAUCAUAAAGUUAACCACAGCGAAAGCUUUAGAAAAGGAGUUAGCGAAUGUUUCCUUUUUUGGAUCUGGUGUGAACUCAUGUGGAAAGCAUGAAAACCUCAUUAAAGCAGCUGAACUUCAUUUGCUGACUGGUAAUUUGAGAAAAUACUGUGAAAUGAAAAUACAGCUUGGUGAGUGGUUGGAAGCAAUUGCUGUAUCUCCUGGAGUAUCUAUAAAGUAUUGGAAUGAACUCUGUAACAGGUGGUUAAACGUACUGAUGGCUGAAAAUAGUAGUUUAGUUCCUCCAAUAUGUAUUGCAACAAACAAAAGUGAUGAACUAACAAAAUUUUAUGUGCAGCAGAAUUUUAUAGAAAAGGCACAUAUCACAUCUAUUGCUAUUUCUGAGGGUUUAAUGCAACAAUGCCCCGUUAUGAAAGCUCAGAAAGCAUCUGAAAAUAAUAUUGAAGAAAAAUCAAAGGACAAUUUAGUUCUUGAAACUCUAAAAUGCUUAGCUGAAAGAUGUAUGCUUACUGGAUACCCUGUCAGAGCAGCAUGCUGGUAUCUUUCUGAUAGUCAAGUUCAGAAUGCACUGUAUUGUCUCAUAAGAGGUAAUGAGCUGGAACUUGCUGUUAGUUUUUGCAUCAGCUGGGAUGUGAAGAGUCCAUCUUUGAAAACUGCUUUAACAUAUCUUGCUUGGAGAUGCGUUCAAAAAAACAAUUGGGAGCUUGCCAUAGAUAUUCUUGAUAUAAAUCCUGAUACGGAACUAGAAAAAAUAAGAAUCUGCAUUAGUUGUGGGUUAUCAUUCCCUGAAAGAGAUGAUCUACAUAAGAAGGCUGGUUUGAUGACUGUCAAAGAGUGUGGAAUGUAUGAAAAUACAGAAUCCCAUGAUGAUAAUUGCUUGUUCAAAAUAGUACAAUACAGUUUAUUAUCAGAUAAUCCAAGGAAAGGGCUUGAUGUUGGAUUGAAAUAUGUUAAAGAUGCAUUAAAUGAGUGUAGUUGGAGACUUGAGUCUCUAUGGCAAAUUUUAUUUACCAUGAGCUCUAUCAAUGGAAGCGUGUUACAAGAUAUUUCGUUUGACCGGCAACGGUUUGAACUUCAAGUUUAUAGUGCUUACAUUGGGGCCCUCAUUGCUAUUCGCCAAGGCUAUCACCCUAUUGUUGUGCCAUUGUUUUCUACAGCUUUAAGUUUGAUUAGAAGAGUUCACAAUGCUGAUCUUGCCAUUAGCGAAGACAUGGUUUCGUCUGAAAUGCAUGCUUGGGUUAGCUCUAGAAAUUCUACUAGUUUUGAUGAUGAAAAUAUUGUUUUCAAAGAAAUGAUGGGUAAAAUUGAAGAGGAUUUACCAUAUGGUGAUAUUGGAACAACAAUUGUUAGUGGUUCUAAUUUGCCCCGACAUUCUGACCAUCAUAGGUGCUAUUUGCGUGGAACAAACAUUCAGGGACCAGUGUAUUUCCUUGACGAUUCCAAAUCAACAAUUUCUCUGAAUGAUGCUCUAAUGUGGGCCAAAGUUAAUCGUUUUUCUCCCUUGAAAACUGGCUUUACAAUUAAUCCAUUUUAAGUAUAUUGCGAAACAAUUUUGCAUUAUUAUAAUUUGGAAUGCUCAAAAGCAUAUUGUGAUACUAAAAAACAUGUGCCUCAUUGUUUCAAUUUAGUAGUUCUGUGGUUGACACUAGUGAUGUGCCGGAUCGUUAAAAGGUAGAUCCGCGGAUACGGAUACAUAUCUCAAAAA